ACCGUGACGUCUCGUGUCGCGUCGUAUCGCGUUGUGCCGUGCCUCGUCGUGCCGUGUCGCGUCGCGUUGUGUCGGUGUCGUGUCAUGCCAUACCAUGCCACGGCGUGUCUCGUCGUCGACGUUUCGACGUCGCUUCGAGUCGUCCAAAGACGGUCGUGAAAUAUUCUCGCGAUCCACGUUCUUCCACGCAUCGCCGAUUCAACGAAGGUAUUAUCGGCGGUACGGACGCACGGUACUUGCAGGCACAAGUGUACCGAAUCUGCGUCGAGAACAUCGAGAGCAUAGAGAAGAAACGGUGGGGUGCGAGCAACGCGCGAACGUAUAUCGGUGCUCGGGGACCGGAACGUUGUCCCAGGAACGGGAGAAUCAGCAUCGCGCGACGUCGCGGAACGGUAAUUCGGAAGAGAUAUCGGUGCUGAAUUUGAUGGACGGAGAGAGUUUGUGCUACAGCUUGGCGUUGAUACGUGGCCGAGCAACGGGAGCAGGCUGCGACUCGAUCACCGUGAGGAACCACAAGAGUCAAAGUUCGACCGAAUGGCCGAUCGUAGCCGGGGAAUUUCGAGCCGUGGUGGAACUGGCUCGUGGCCCGAAUAAAUUGGAACUGGAAGCAGCCGGACGAAAGAAGAAGCUGCUUCUGAUCCACGAGCCGAGAACGACGAGAUUACGGGUAACGCCGGUUUACGUGAUCUGCGCCGGCCACGACGGAUACUUCCAAGGCCCCCGCAGAGAAGAUCGAUCGCCGGAAAGCGCGGCGACCAGAAUCGGUCUCGGCGCUCGGCUCCUGCAGGCUCUAACCGCCGAGAAGCUGCGGGAAGCGGGUUACGAGAGGAAAACCUUUCAGCUGGAGAGGGACUUGGACGGGCCGGAGUGCCUGGUGAUGCACAGUAUGCUCGACGUUGACAGAGCACGCGGCAUGAGCCAACGAGAACUUUGGGAAUUGAUCGCGCGGGAACUGAUGACCGGACCGUUGGCCUCGAAGCAUCGCAAAUAUCUCGCGUUUCUCUCGUGCACUCGGUAUCGGGGCGCCCCGAACCCGCGCACGCACGAGGACACGCUCGCGAGAACGCAGGGGCACGCGGCGCUCGGCGGCGGGGGACUGGCUCUGUUCGGCUCGGCGUGCCUCCACACCUGGCCGACCCGCAUGAACCAAGUAUUGGCAAGGUUUCUGGACGCGACGCCCGUCGACACGGAACAGCUGAUGGACGACAGCAAUUACCGCGGCACGCACGGCGGCUGCUUCGCCACCACCCUCGGCUCGGUUCUGCACGAGCUCGGUCACACUUUCGAUCUCGGUCAUACUCGCGAAGGUAUAAUGGGCCGCGGGUUCGACUACGUCGAUCGCGUGUUCGUCGGCGCGGCUGGAAUCGACUUCAAUCGAAAUCCCGUUCUACGAAAAGACCCUCAGCACACGACGGUCGCGUUGAGCAGGCCGCUCAGCGUCACGGUUACCGUGCAACAACCGUUCGCUCUAUCGACGAGCCCGCGAAGGAGUCGCUUGCUCUCGGAAACCUCGCGACCCUCGCCCUCCCAGAGUCCUCCGCGGUCGCUCGGUCGCGUGUCCGCGCCCGCCAGUCCCGAACUCAAUAGGUCCUUCUCCAAGAGCCUGCUGCAGGCGCAGUCCGUGCACGCGAUCGAACAGAUCUCGGCUAAUUCGCAAACCGAUCGAACGUUUUGGACAACCUCGUGCGCGGCCUUUCUCGCCUAUCAUCGGUGGUUCAACAACGAGAUGGACAACCUUCCCAAUCGUCGCUUCUACGACAUCGAGUACGAUGGAAAAAGGAACGUGGUGAGAUCGCGUUUCGGAGUACGAGUCAUAGAACUUAGGGAGACCUCGGGCGGAAUGGUAUGCGGUUCUCGACAAUUCCCUGGGGCUCGACCACCCAUGGAAGCUCUGGUUCCAACGGCUCCACCCCACUCUCUCGCCGCCCUCACUCUCGUUGCCGAAGAUUCGGCCGGCAACGUGCUCAGAUAUCCGCUACCGACAGCAUUUUGAAGCAUCGUGCCGAUUCUCCCUCGUCGUUGACACGAUUCGAAAUCUUUGGACGAAUACGAAACCAGUGGCAACUUGUGCAAAACACCACGAGUGCGUUCGUUUUCGCGUAUCGUGUGCCUGUGUGCGAGGUAACGCUUCCGCCUGAUCGAACUCGGAACUAGUAAUCGAACAUGCCUGUUAGUCGCCAUGAUUUUACGAAAUCGUUCUCCGCGAAUACGCUAUUGUAAAGAACACGUUUCGUCACUUUGUACCACUCGAAAAUCGAUACACGGAACCCUUUGCUAUCGUAUAGCGACAGCUUGGUAUCCAACCGAGCCAGACCCGAUCCGAAUCGUCGGUCAACGAUCGAACGCGUUUCAUCUUAUGCGGUGACGCGUGCAUGGAAACGCGAGCGCGCGAGAGCGAGAGCAAGAACUUUGUACAACGUUACGAUGAACGCAAAUGUGGUAUAUUUUUUGUAAACAUCGUUUCGCUAACCGACGCAACACUGGACCAGCUACGACCGGUGUACGCGUCGAUCUAUACACGAUAGGUACAUGUAAUUUGUAUACGUACGCGAUUAUUUACGUAGAUUCGGAUACAUAGAAGGAAACGCUGAAUUUGUAAAACUUUGAUUCGUUGCUGGCAAUUCGGAAAAUGGAAGAAAAUUGCGAAAUCCAUCGAUACCGAUACAUUUGUUGCAUCGCGCGUACGCGCAAUACGCGUAUACGUACCGUUUAGGCACGACGACUCGAAUCUUUAAACUUGAAACGACUAGAAUGCUUUGUCGGUGAUAAUAAUCUUGUAGUCGUAGCAAACAGUACAAGUUAAUUAAUAAAUGCGAUAACUUGGUACCAUGA